AUGUCCGACUACACCCAGGGUCCCUACGCACCCAUCCGCUCUCGAUCGCCGUUCGCCCCUCCACAGGCUCCUUUCAGCAAUCCUCACGGUUUGAAAUCGCUGGACAGUCUGGCCUCCCGGUCGACGCUCUACUUUCUCCCCAACGAUAUCCUCGAAGAUCACGCCGACGACACCAGACACCUGAACAAGAUGCCACCCAAGGACGUCGACGAUAAGCUCCUCCUCGCAGGACUGGAAACCAAAUGGGACGCAGCAGACCGAUUGGCUGUGCCCCAUCUUAACAUACCAAAGGCCAGGCCGGAUGAUCACAGCCCACCGAGUCCAUGCCAUUCCUAUGUAUCCAGUUCCAGUUCGGCGGCGCUCUCGCCAUCCGCGAGCGAAUGGAGGUUCAAGCCUCUUCCCCCAGUCCCUGGUGCGAGAAUCCCCGACGGGCUAUACUCCUCAACCAUUAGCACUGCGGCCGACCACGCCCCGUCCGGUGACGCCUGUAUCGACAUCCAGGCCCACGACUCCUCUACCACAUGCAGCACCGUUUGCUGGGGUACCCCGGCCGACGACACCACGUCCCAUGACCCCGAUGUCAUCGCAUUCCAGACCUACCACUCCUCUUCCUCCGGUCGCCCCUUUUGCCGCACCAUCUCGCCCCAUGACACCCCCUAUGUCCUCUCGACCGACCACCCCGCGACCUACCACUCCUCGCCCUUCGACGCCCCGAUCGGCAACCCCUCGGCCCACGACCCCCCGGCCUACGGGGAUGGAUUUUCCGCGCCUGAACAGGUUGCUGAAAAAGCAUGGCCACAAACUCUAGGCCUCAAAACUGAGCAAUUGCCGCUGUUCCCGAGCGACCACUACGGUCAGAGUCCGAAUCGGCUGAGUCCGGUUGACAUAUAUCCCCAGCAGAAACAGCCAGUGAAGAAAUCGUCAAAUCAAGAACUCAAGCAAGACAGUGACGACAAACCUCUGUGGCGGACGUUAAAAGCAGGCGUGCGCCGUGUCCUAACUCGCAAAGCCGUCUCCCAUGACGGCGGAGCAUACAAAGCCAGCAGAUUCGGAAAGAACAAGCAAAAGAAUGCCCGCCGAGCAUCCAUCAUUGUUCGGAUGUCUACCAUUCCUCCUAUUCACCAUCCCCCCGAGGACAGGGCUGGUCCCGGUUUCCUCGACGAGAAAGAAGAAGGCCACUACGAAGACGCGAUCAAGCGCAUGAAGAAUGUCCUGGCAAGUCUACUCGAGGAUGGGUACUCCAUGGAUGCGAUUCUGCAGGCGGAGGCCAACCAGCAGUUCCUCCGAUCUCUGUUCACGAGGGUGCAGAACGAGCCGCUGCUGGGAGUAGAUACCGGGCCCCCGAUCCCAUCUCCGCCGACGUCCCACUCCUCCUUGCCCUCGGAUCAUACAUGCUCUUCUCUUCCCCAUGAAAUUGAUGAGUCAGUCCGGCAGCCCGCUGACGAGCUCGCCGGUGACCUGUAUCAUCCGUCAGUUGACCCGCUCUUUGACUCGCCGAUUCCUCAUCCCAGCCUGCGGGGCGACAACGAAAGCAGCUGGGAAUACGUCGGUUAUGGCGAGGAUGACACGUUCACUGAAGGCGCACCAUCGGUGCGCUACUUCACCGGUACUGCCCCAGAUGAGGGAUCCGAGCCGCGCAGCUCCUGCCCGCCGUUUGCCGCCGUCAUGGCUGCAUUAGACGACGAUCUGCAGCGGAUGACCAGCAAACGAUGGAGCCUCUCCAAGCCCGGCCUCGAAGACAUGAUUCUCCAUGUCCUCCUACAGAUCGACGAUCUCGACGAUCUCUUCUCUUUUGCGCAGACCAGCAAAGCUACAUACCAUGUGUUUAAGCGUCACGAACUCCCUUUGAUGGAGAACACCAUUCGACGCCGAUCCCCGGCCGCCUGGGAGCUGCGUCAAAUGAGUGAUAUCAAUCAACAGGCAGACCCGCAGGAUAUUCCCUCUGCAACGGUCUACUACCGCGCGGUGACUCGCGACCUCCGCGCCCUCGCCACCCUCAAGGGCCUGAUGAUGACCUACUGCCGGGCCGUGAUGCGCACCAGCUCGUACACGGCACUUUCCCGCCCGUCCGGCCCGGAUGCCCGUCGGCUUGAUAAUGCCAUCUGGCGUGUAUGGACCUUUUGCUUCCUAUUCGGAAUGCAGACCGGUCGCGAGAACGACAUGGACGGACAGGUCAGCUGGCUGCGCGGGGAGGUCUUGUCCCCGUUCCAGCCCUGUCCCGAUCCUAAGGACGUGGGCAGCAUCCUGUUCGACCCUCCUCCGGGAUUUGGGGAGGGUAAUCCUGGCGGACUCUCCGUGGGCGACAUGCAGGACAUGGAUGAGAUCUGGACGUGUCUGAAGUAUAUGUUAGGGUUCCUGCGCGGCGAGACCGAGCGGGCCCGUCGGUUUGGGGUGUUCCAGAAUUCCGGCAUCGCUCCGGAGCGAAAUCAAGGGAUGAUUGUGCUGCACGAGUGGAUCAAUUAUCUGUUGACCUUGGGACCGGAGGCCGUGGUGGAGCUGGCGCCGUUGGGGCCCGACACGCAUCCGGAAACGACGUUUCAGCGGGCGAUGUCGCGGGGAUGGACGACGUGGGAAGCUCCUCGACCGGGGGGGACACGCAGUGCAUUCCUGACUGAUGCUUUGGGACGGGUGUCGGGGGGGUUGCGACGACUGGAGGAGUUGCAGAUGACGUUGUGGUAUAAUUGUGUGUGA